AUGAAGAAUGAGUUUAGCCUCGAUGAGGAGGCUAGGAACCUCUCUUCAGAGUAUCGCCAGUAUCUUAUCAACCGACAUGGCACCGUCGAGCUGGAUCCAAUGCCUGACAUGAACGAUGCUGAUCCAUACAACUGGCCAAAAUGGAAGAAAGUCAUCAACCUUAUCCUUGUCGCAUUCCACGCCUUAAUGGGAACUUUCACAGCCGCCGCAAUUCAGUCUGCCUUUGUCCCAAUCUCAGAAGACCUCGGUGUGAGCGUCCAGCGAGCUAGUUAUCUGACAUCUCUAGUCAUUGCUAUCUUGGGUGGCGCGCCUCUUUUCUGGCGACCACUCUCUGAUCGCUAUGGUCGGCGACCAAUCUUUCUACUCUCUCUCAUUUGCAGUCUAGUCGGCAACAUUGGCUGUGCAAACAGCUAUUCCUAUGGUACAAUGGGACUGUGUCGAGCCAUCACCGCCUUUUUUAUAAGUCCUGCUGCCGCCAUUGGAAGUGCUGUCGUUGUCGAGACGUUUUUCAAAAGUCAACGAGCUAGGUAUAUGGGUAUCUGGACGAUUAUGGUCACACUCGGUGUACCGGUUUCUCCACUCAUCUUUGGAUUUGUCGCCGAUCGCGUGGGAUAUAGGUGGAUCUAUUAUAUUCUUGCUAUUACCAACUCAGUACAAUUUAUCCUUUAUUUGUUCCUGGGCCCUGAAACAAGGUACAUUCGCAACCAGAACGCUCCCUCGAUCGAAUCCACCGUGAAAGGAAACUACUUCAAAUUCAAACGAAUUGACCCACGUCCUCUUACCAUCAACGACUUUAUACAUCCGCUCAGCUUCGUGUUUCGCCCCUGUAUCUUCAUUCCCGCCGCGGCUUACGCGAUGAUCUUCCUCUGGGGCAGUAUCAUGACAACAAUCGAGAUCCCCCAGCUGUAUCCCGUCAAAUAUGGCCUGAACACCGAGCAAGUUGGUCUACAAAACAUCAGCAUUAUUAUCGGGUCAUUGAUUGGUGAACAAAUCGGGGGUAUUCUCUCAGAUAAAUGGAUGGCGCGCGGAUGGCAACAGAAACAGGAGCACCAGAGCGACGAACCCGUGGAGCCUGAAUACCGGCUUUGGCUGAGCUACAUCGGGCAUGCUCUCACUAUCUGUGGUGUUAUCGUAUUUUGCGUCCAGUUCGAAAAGUCCUCGUCGUGGAAUGUUACUCCCCUGGUUGGUGCCGCGAUUGCUGCCGCAGGGAACCAGAUUGUGACAACGGUGAAUAUCACAUAUGCUGUGGAUUGCUAUCGGGAAGAAGCCGGCAGUGUAGGCGUGUUUAUUACCUUUGUCAGGCAGGUGUGGGGGUUUAUUGGUCCUUUCUGGUUCCCGGAAAUGUUUGAGAAUGUCGGCUUUUACGGAGGAGCUGGAAUUGCGACGGCGUUGCUGGUGGCAGUGAGCGUUGUGCCAACUGUGAUUUUGCAGUGGCGUGGUCAUGGCUGGAGGAAAUAG